AUGGCUGAAAUUAGACCUAACCCUUUUGAAAAAAUUUUGAAAGAAGUUCCUGGAUUAUAAGGAAAGAAGUUCUUCUCUUUGAACGAUUUAAAUGACCCCAGAGUCGCUAAGCUCCCUUACUCUAUCAGAGUUUUGUUGGAAGUUGCAGUCAGAAAUUGUGAUGAAUUCAACAUCAAGUCAGCUGAUGUUGAAAAGAUUCUUGACUGGUAAGUUAACUCAACCAAGGAUAUUGAAAUUCCUUUCAAGCCUGCUCGUGUCAUCUUGCAAGAUUUCACUGGUGUCCCUCUUGUCGUCGAUCUCGCUGCCAUGAGAGACGCUAUCAAGAGACUCGGUGGUGAUCCUAAGAAGAUCAAUCCUGCUUGCUAAGUCGACUUGGUUAUUGAUCACUCCAUCUAGGUCGAGUACGCUAAAACUUUAGAUGCUCUCCAAAAGAAUGAAGAAUUAGAAUUCUACAACAACAAGGAACGUUUCGAAUUCUUGAGAUGGGGUCAAAAUGCCUUUGAAAACUUCAGCAUUGUUCCUCCUGGUUCUGGUAUUGUCCACUAAGUUAACUUAGAAUACAUAGCCAAGGUCGUCUUCGAAGACAAAAACAAUGUUCUCUAUCCUGAUUCCGUCGUUGGUACUGACUCCCACACUACCAUGAUUAACGGUUUGGGUGUCCUCGGUUGGGGUGUCGGUGGUAUUGAAGCUGAAUCAAACAUGCUCGGUGAAUGCUCUGCAAUGGUUCUCCCCGAAGUUGUUGGUUUCUAUCUCUCCGGUGAACUCCCCAAGACUGCCACUGCUACUGAUCUUGUCCUUACCUGCACUUAAAUGCUCAGAAAGAGAGGUGUUGUUGGUAAAUUUGUUGAAUUCUACGGUCCUGGUGUCAAGAAUUUAACUUUGGCUGACAGAGCCACUGUUGCUAACAUGGCUCCUGAAUACGGUGCCACCACUGGUUUCUUCCCUGUUGAUGAAUAAACUAUUGCCUUCUUGAGAUAAACUGGAAGAUCUGAAGAAACAAUCAAGAACGUUGAAGCUUACUACAAAGCUCAAGGUCUCUUCAGAGUUUAUGAUGGUACUCAACAAGACCCCGUCUACUCUGGUGAAGUAUUGAAGUUAGAUCUUGCCACUGUUGUACCUUCUUUGGCUGGUCCUAAACGUCCUAUGGAUCGUGUUGCUCUCAGCGAUCUCUAAAAGGAAUUCUCUGAAGGUUUAUCUAAGCCUGUUACUUUCAAGACCUUUGGUGUCCCUGCUGAUAAGGUUGAUUUGGAAGUUAAAUACAAUUUAAAUGGUGAAGAAUUUACCUUCAGACAUGGCUAAGUUUUGAUUGCUGCUAUUACCUCUUGCACCAACACUUCAAACCCUGGUGUUAUGCUUGCUGCUGGUCUUCUUGCUAAGAAUGCCGUCCAAAAAGGUCUUAAGGUUCCUGCUUACGUUAAGACUUCUCUUUCUCCUGGUUCUUAGGUUGUCACCAAGUAUUACGAAAAGGCUGGAGUUACUGACUUCAUGAAUACCUUAGGUUUCACCCAUGCUGGUUAUGGUUGCAUGACUUGCAUUGGUAACUCUGGUGACUUUGUUGAUCCUGUUCUUAACUAAGUUGUUAAGGAUAACGAUUUUGUUGCUGCUGCCGUUCUCUCUGGUAACAGAAACUUCGAAGGUAGAGUUCACCCUUAAACAAGAGCUAACUAUUUGGCUUCUCCUCCUUUGGUUGUUGCCUAUGCUCUUGCUGGUAACGUUAACUUUAACUUCGAAACUCAACCUUUGGGCAAGGACUAAAACGGUAACGACGUUUUCUUGAGAGAUAUCUGGCCUUCCAGAGAAGAAGUUGAAGCUCUUGCUGCUAAGAUCAUUACUCCUGAAAUGUUCACUGAAAACUACUCAAGAAUUGCUAAGGGAACUGAUAGAUGGAACAGUCUUUAAGUCAAGUAAGGAAUCCAAUACGAAUGGAAGGAAGAAUCUACUUAUAUUCACAAUCCUCCUUUCUUCAACUGCCAAUUGGAAUUAACUCCAGUAAAGAGCAUUGAAAACGCCUACUGCUUAGGUAACUUUGGUGACUCCAUCACUACUGAUCAUAUCUCCCCUGCUGGUAACAUUGCUAAGGACUCCCCUGCUGGUAAAUAUUUGUUAGAAAGAGGUGUUCCUUAAAAGGAUUUCAACUCUUAUGGUGCUCGUAGAGGUAACGAUGAAGUUAUGGCUAGAGGUACCUUUGCUAACGUUAGACUCGUUAACAAGUUAUUAGGUGGCAAGGUUGGUCCCAACACCGUUCACAUUCCUACUGGCGAAGUUCUUUCUAUUUUCGAUGCUGCCAACAGAUACAUUCAAGCUGGUAUUCCCACUGUUAUUUUUGGUGGUAAAGAAUAUGGUACUGGUUCAUCUCGUGAUUGGGCUGCCAAGGGUCCCUUCUUACAAGGUGUCAAGGUUGUCAUUGCUUAAUCUUACGAAAGAAUCCACAGAUCUAACCUCAUUGGUAUGGGUAUUCUUCCUUUAGAAUUCAAGGAAGGUGAAAGUGCUGAUACUUUAGGUUUAACUGGUAAGGAAAGAUACACUAUUGACUUACAAGAAGGUAACUUGAAGGUUAACUAAGACGUUGUUGUUAAGGUUGAUGAUGGUAGAACCUUCACUACUAAGUGCAGAUUAGAUACUGACGUCGAAGUUCAAUACUUCAAGCACGGUGGUAUUCUCCUUUACGUUCUCCGUAAACUUGCUUCUUCUAAGUGA